UCAUUUGUUUCAUUUCAGCAAAAUUCAAAAUCUUUCCCAAAUUCGUACCGCUGGCUGUUUCGCCUUAAAACAGUUCAAAACCCUAAUUUCACAGCAACCCAUCAAACCCAAUUCCUAAAUCGAUUUCAUGUUACAGUUUUUCUCACACCAAACCCCUAAAAAUCCGAUUUUUAGAUCUGGGUUCUUCGAUUUCUCUAAAAAAGAUUGUUUCUUUAUUGUUUAGUGUGUGUUUUUGGGGUUUAAAACAAAACCCAAGAACCCUAAUUUGUGAACUGAAUAUUUUUCAAGGGUUUUGAAGGGGCAACGGCAAUGGGAGAGGAUAAACUGGUCAAAAGAUCGUCUUUUGGGAAGUCGAUAAGAAAGCGGCUUUCGGAUAUUACAAAUUAUGAGCCACAGUUGUGUUCUUCAUCAUCUUUGGAUAAAGGGCAUGUUGAUCAUCUUUUGAAGGAAAAUGCAGGGCUGAUGAAGCUUAUCACAGAGAAAAACAAAGUCAUAGAGAUGAAUGGAAUCGAGCUUCAAAAGGUGCGAGUUCUUCUUCAGAAAACACAAUUUCAGAAUUGGAACCUUGCUCAAUCAAACAGUCAUAUGACGGCGGAGCUAAAUUUAGGCAAAAAGAAGCUAAAAGAACUACAACAUCAACUUGCUUGCAAAGAUGCUUUGCUGAAAACCAUGAAUUCCGAGUUUCAGGUGAAGCGUGAGAUGAGCGAACAAAAAUGUGAAUCUAAGGUAAAGCGUGAGACGAACGACCAAAAAUGUGAAUCUAAGGUAAAGCGUGAGACAAACGACCAAAAAUGUGAAUCUAAGGAUGGUGAAAAGGCUCUUACCAACCAACAAAACGCCAGUAGACGUAUUCGUCCAGGAAGAAGUCGAUCCGUUAGCCAGUUGACUACAGGUGCAGAAUCUGAGAACGAUAUAGUUGAAAACAAAAGGCGACGUGUGAGAACGCAGUCGGCUAGGUUCACAUCACAAGAACAUGAAGCGGAUGAGAAUUUGUUUGAGAUUAAAGAUCUUAAAUUGCAUGAUGAGUAUGGGCCAACUUUAAAAGUGAAUGUUGAACAAGAAAAUGACAAAUGCGGUUCAAAAUCCGAACCUCAAAACUCACAAAGGAUGUCGUUCAGUAGACCAUCAAGAAGAGCUGCGGAGAAAGUACAGUCUUACAAGGAAGUUCCUCUUAAUAUCAAAAUGAGAAGACCAGAAUAAGACAUUUGUAAUAUGAAGUUUUCUAAUUUGGGUAAUGUUUAUGUAACAUUCUGAAACAAAUGGAAUCUUAAGGUUUUUAUAACUGUUGCUAUUUGUUCAUCUUCAACCCCUGA